GACUGUGCGGCUGACUAUAUUGUUUCCUCAUACAUCCCGUCCAUCACUAUCCAGCGCAAGGCCCAAGAGCAGCUGCAAUUAUCCGUUCACGAACACCACAAAGCCUUACUCGUUGCGGAGUCCAAUGCCCUCGGUUUUGGUGCUUUACCUCACGCUUCCGCUGAGGUGGAGUUAAUUCACAAUGUCUUACCCAAGUCCGUCAGGGUAAUAGACGCCGUUAACGAAGCGGUCGAUAUGGAAGGGACAAUCAAACAGUUCUUCGACGCUUCAAUUGUGCACAUGGCUUGUCAUGGACGGCAGGACAAGGACGACCCUCUCAGUAGUGGUUUUAUACUACGAAAUGGAAUACUCAAGAUUUCUGACCUCAUGGGACUCAAGAUUCCCAAUGCGUCCUUUGCAUACCUAAGCGCUUGCCAGAGCGCUACUGGUGACGAUAUGCUGCCGGAUGAAGGACUGCACCUAGCCGCGGCGAUGAUGUUUGUCGGGUUUCCGAGCGUGAUUGGAACCAUGUGGCCAAUGAAUGACGAAGACGGACCGGUCGUUGCUGAAACCGUGUAUAAGGCGAUGUUCAAGGACGGUUCAGGUACGAUCGACUACGAUGCGAUACCCCGUGCUUUACAUACCGCUGCCCGUCGUUUGCGCGAGGAAGGAGCUCACCCGAGUCGGUGGGCAACUUAUAUUCAUUUGGGGGUUUGA